CACGCUCGCUCUCCUUGAACGUCGUUCUCGCAUUAUACCACACACUCUCUUUCAAUCACUUCGAUUUGGCUGGUCCAGUCGACUAUCACACUCUCUCAAAAUGACCAACUACAACACUAUGUACGAGAAGAAGCAUGAUUUGCUACCACAGUCGCCUCGCUGGGCGCAAGAACCAGCAUUUUACCACAUACGAACAUACAGCAGCACAAGAGCGAGAGCCGCGAGGCUGCCAGCUCUCAUUGCAGCUUUCAUCUUUGCCAGUAUCACAUUUGUGUUCUUUACAGGGACCGGCCCAGACAUGUCAUCCACACCAGUUACACAGACAGUACCAGGCAACGUACACCUUCUCAUACCGGCUUCAGGAAAAGAUGAGAAUCUCUGCAAGGCUAUCGUCGGAGCAGCUGUUCUCGGAUACCCUUCACCAAAAGUCCUCAACUGGGGCAAGACAUUCAACGACGCGCACCUCGUCUCUGGAGGUUCCCACAUUGCUAAGAUUAGCGGUGUAUCUUCAUAUCUCGAGAGCCUUUCUCCGGAACAAGACGAGGACCUGAUCAUCAUGACUGAUGGUUACGAUACCUGGUUCCAACUGAGGCCUGAGACCCUCAUCGAACGCUACUUUGACAUCAAUCGCCGAGCAAACGAACGCAUUCGUCGCGAACUCGGUGAUCAUGUCGUCAGCACGAACAAGAUUGAGCAAAAGAUUGUUUUCUCUGCGCAGAAGAGAUGUUGGCCUUGGGCAGCAGAUGCAGCACCUUGUUAUGCCGUUCCGAAUUCGACUCUACCUGAGGAUAUCUUCGGACCCGACACUGACACAGACGUUGGAGACCGAAACCCAUACCUCAAGUUCCGUCCACGCUACCUCAACUCUGGAGUUGUAGUUGGCACAGCCGGUGCCAUGCGUGUGAUGUUCACUGAAGCCUUGAACCGUGCGAAGAAGGAUCCCAACUUCGGUAGCGAUCAAAACAUCUUCGGUUCAAUCUUCGGCGACCAAGAAGUAUACCGCGAAGUUGUGCGACAAAGAGACAUGUCUUGGACGGAUCACAUCAGCCUCCGCAGCGAAGAUCCCAGACGAGGCUCAAUUCGCGAGCAAGAUCUCGAAGCUGUGAGAAACAUGACCAGAAGUAUGGAAUUUGGCAUCGGUCUCGACUACGAGGGCUCCAUCUCCUUACCCACUGUAUUCUCUGAAGACGACACAGAGUGGGUCAACUUCGACAAUACGCCUUGGGUGGACUUCUAUAACGUCAAGCGCAACAUCGAUAAAUCACAGAACAAGCUCGUCUUGCACCAGGAUAUCGCAAAGACACCCGCACCAUUCCACAGCAAUGGUACCGAUGAUUUAGAAGCAAAAGAGUGGGCUCAAGUGCCAUUGUUUACCAACGUGCCCACUGGCUACACUCCUGCAAUCAUUCACCAUAAUGCUCAUCGCGAUGGCAUGAAGAAUCUCCGUCGCAAGGUUUGGGACAAGAUUUGGUUCCAACCUUACGCUCGUGUUCUCAUGGACCAAUACAUGGAUACUCCCCUCACGACUCUGGCAGUCGCAGGAGGCAGACAAUGGAGGAACAGUGAUGAAUGGAAGGGCGGUGUUCGGGAUGAUGUUGGUGCUUGGUUGCCAUACCAGGAUGUUUGUGGUGGAACGGAAGAUGAAGUCUUCAGAGACGGAAAUGGACCUUGGAUUGCGCAAGCGCACGCUUGAUUUACUUUUGCAAAUUGUUGAUUUAGCUAGACAUGAAUACAAACUUACGACAUAUUGGGCUUGACGGCCUAUACAACA